AUGAAUUAUUGCAAUCCUGAUCUGCACCAACCAAUGGAAAUGCUUAUCAGCUUGUGUUACUUGGCUAGGUACGCAACUGCAAGUGCACGCUCUGAUGGUCUUCUUCUGCUUUGUGGAGGGCGGGAUGCCAAUAGUGUGCCACUAGCAAGUGCAUAUGGACUGGCCAAACAUAGAGAUGGGCGGUGGGAAUGGGCCAUUGCUCCUGGUGUGUCACCAUCUCCUAGAUAUCAGCAUGCCGCAGUUUUUGUUAAUGCUCGGCUCCAUGUUUCUGGAGGGGCUCUUGGUGGUGGACGCAUGGUAGAAGACUCUUCCAGUAUAGCCGUUCUUGAUACUGCUGCAGGAGUGUGGUGUGACAUAAAAUCUGUUGUCACCAGUCCUAGGACAGGUAGAUACAGUGCAGAUGCAGCUGGGGGAGAUGCUGCAGUUGAAUUGACCAGGCGUUGUAGGCAUGCGGCUGCCGCUGUUGGUGACUUGGUAUUUAUGUAUGGUGGUUUGCGUGGAGGGGUACUGCUAGAUGACUUGCUUGUCGCGGAAGACUUGGCUGCUGCUGAAACAACUAGUGCAGCUUCACAUGCAGCCGCUGCAGCUGCAGCAUCUAAUGUUCAAGAUGGAAGGAUUACCGGAAGGUAUGGAUUUGGUGAUGAAAGAACAAGGCAAACCGUUCCAGAGGAAGUUAAUGAUGGUUCUGUUAUAUUGGGAAGUCCUGUUGCCCCCCCUGUAAAUGGUGAUAUGUUUACUGAUAUAAGCACUGAAAAUGCCGUGCUUCAAGGAUGUUGGAAACUUGGCAAAGGUGUUGAAUACCUUGUGGAGGCCUCUGCAGCAGAAGCAGAGGCCAUUACUGCUGCACUAGCAGCUGCCAAAGCUCGACAACAAGGUAAUGGUGAAGUUGAACUUCCGGAUAGGGAUCGGGGAGCUGAGGCAACACCUAGUGGUGAAGAGGAACCUACCUUGAUCAAACCUGAUUCAAAUAAUUCUAUCCCAACUGGAGUUAGGCUGCAUCACCGUGCUGUGGUUGUAGCUGCAGAGACUGGGGGUGCCCUAGGUGGUAUGGUGCGACAACUUUCAAUUGAUCAAUUUGAAAAUGAAGGCAGGCGAGUAAGUUAUGGAACCCCAGAAAACGCGACAGCAGCAAGAAAACUUUUGGAUAGACAAAUGUCCGUUAACAGUGUUCCCAAAAAGGUGAUUGCCCAUCUUCUGAAACCUCGAGGUUGGAAGCCGCCUGUCAGACGGCAAUUUUUCUUGGAUUGCAAUGAAAUAGCUGAUCUUUGUGAUAGUGCAGAGAGAAUAUUUUCCAGUGAACCUAGUGUUUUACAGCUAAGGGCUCCUAUUAAGAUAUUUGGUGACUUGCAUGGGCAAUUUGGGGAUCUGAUGCGUCUUUUUGAUGAGUAUGGUUCCCCAUCAACUGCUGGGGACAUAGCGUAUAUCGAUUAUCUCUUCUUAGGAGAUUAUGUUGAUAGGGGCCAGCACAGCUUGGAGACCAUGACUCUUCUCCUUGCUUUAAAGGUUGAGCAUCCCCAUAACGUUCAUUUAAUUCGAGGGAAUCAUGAAGCGGCAGAUAUUAAUGCACUUUUCGGCUUUCGAAUUGAGUGCAUUGAACGCAUGGGUGAGAGAGAUGGAAUCUGGGCUUGGCAUCGGAUUAAUAGGUUGUUCAAUUGGCUUCCUCUCGCAGCACUAAUUGAGAAAAAAAUAAUCUGUAUGCACGGCGGCAUUGGAAGGUCGAUUAAUCAUGUAGAACAGAUAGAGAAUAUCCAGCGUCCUAUCACCAUGGAAGCAGGGUCGAUUAUUCUGAUGGAUUUGUUGUGGUCUGAUCCAACGGAAAAUGAUAGCGUUGAAGGGUUAAGACCAAAUGCAAGAGGUCCAGGGUUGGUUACUUUUGGGCCUGAUCGUGUGAUGGAAUUUUGCAACAACAAUGAUCUUCAACUGAUUGUGCGAGCGCACGAAUGCGUGAUGGAUGGUUUUGAACGAUUUGCUCAGGGACAUUUAAUUACAUUAUUUUCAGCCACCAAUUAUUGUGGUACUGCUAAUAAUGCUGGCGCAAUCUUGGUAUUGGGUAGAGAUCUUGUAGUUGUUCCAAAACUUAUUCACCCAUUGCCACCAGCACUUUCAUCACCAGAAAAUUCACCUGAGCGUAUGGAAGACACUUGGAUGCAGGAGCUAAAUGCUAACAGACCACCUACGCCAACUAGAGGUCGUCCUCAAACUGCCAAUGAUCGAGGUUCUCUUGCUUGGAUUUAGAUAAUAGUGAAGAUUGUUUCCUGCACUUCAGGCUCCUGCUAACAUCGAGGAAUUCCAGUUGUAUGUACAGCAUGAUGCCAUUUGGAAAAAUGGCGGAGUUAUAGAUAUCAUCUUGUAGAGAUAUGAGGCUUCGAGGCCCUAGGGAUCUUUGACAGAAUGGACAGGCUUCAGACAGAGCAAGAUUGAAACUUUCCCAGGUUGCAGGUGCACCUGUUCAACUUGAUUGAAGCAGUUGGGGGUUUCGAGUUGGCCUUUGUAAAUUAAGCCACAGGCAGGUAGAAGGAAUUAGAGUCUUCUUCGUUAUCAAGGGCUUGUAGUGCUGGAUUUUGUUUUGUUUAUUGUACUUUGUCAUCGUUGUUGAUAUAUAUAUUUUUCUUCGUUUUAGGUGUAUUAUUUUUGUCUAUGGUAAAAGAGGACUUGAGGUCCCAUAUAUAUAUAUAUUAUUGAUGAAAUAUAUAUAGUCCUGAAAUCUCUGUUGGGAGUUCUUGUAUCAUAGAUAGAGGGUGUUAAUUUGUGUAAUUUGUGAUGAUACCUUGUACAAUGUAACAAUUUGAAGAAGAAAAGAAGCUUUCUCUGACAA